AUGUACAGAAUCUGUGUUGCUACAAAGUCGAUUGCACCCCACGCGUGGAGUGCUUCGCGGGUGGUAGGUUGCGACAAUGUCAUAUUGUUUGAGAUUGCCGGUGGUGCGCCCGAUAUUGAUGCAAAGGAGUGGCUUGACAUUACAUACAUGGCAGUCACAAAGAAGAGCGCCAUUGAUUCAUUCUCAAAGGCUUCAUAUCGAUGGCAGGACACGCUUAUCGAACGAUCUCAUUCCGGCAUUUUCCACCUGUUGCCUCUCGGCCUGAGGGUUCAAGACAAGCUCAUCCAUCUGGUUGAUCGCUACAUGCGCGGGCUGGGAGCAUCGCGAGUCCAUCUGUCUACCAUAUCAUCCGAAUCACUCUGGGAGCAGAGUGGCCGCCUCAACAAGAUCGGUUCAGAGCUCUUCCGCUUCAGCGACCGCAAGGAAGGGAAAUAUAUUCUGAGCCCUACUCAUGAAGAAGAAAUCACAUCUCUGGUGGCGCACUCUGUGAAGUCAUACAAGAACCUACCCUUGAGGCUAUAUCAAACAACACAGAAAUAUCGAGAUGAACUCCGCCCUCGUCACGGCCUUCUUCGCGGGCGGGAAUUCGUUAUGAAAGACUUGUAUACCUUUGACUACUCUGUGGAUGCAGCACUAGAAACCUACGAAGAAGUGCGAGAGGCAUACUCGCAGAUAUUUAUCAAGGAGAUGAGACUCCCCGUCCUCGUGGCUCAGGCGAGCUCCGGCGAUAUGGGCGGCAGCUUGAGCCACGAAUACCAUAUUCCCACGGCGCUUGGCGAAGACCACGUCAUGAGCUGCCACAGCUGCGGCUAUGUCGCCAAUGAGGAGCUUGCUGAGAGCCGUCUGCCUCCUGCUCCAUCUGAUGACGGCGCCUACCAGCCAAGAGCGUGGAGAGGGAUAUCAAAAGACCGCAAGACCCUCGUGCAAGUCUGGUUUGACUCGAACCAAGCUUCCGAGGAAGACGUCAGCACCCACGCCAUCAAGCAGGUCUUCCCCGAUCUUGAUUCCGGGGUCGAGGAUCCAAUGCCUUUCUGGACGGCCGCAAUCAAGGAAUACACUACUACGGAGGAUUCUUCGGUCCGCGUCAUCAAUAUAUUUGAUUGCAGACUUCCCAAAGGCAAGAGCACGACACCCAGCAACCCGGACAACCUCGAAGGCUUGAGCCGCCUUCCAGUAACCAACUACCAGGAAGACACCGUCAACCUACUCCGUAUCAGAGAAGGUGACGCAUGUCCUAGCUGUGACGAUGGCACGCUCAAGGUGCAGAAAGCCAUCGAGUUAGGCCACACUUUCCACCUCGGGACGCGAUACUCGGAACCGCUCGGCGCCAGCGUCAGCGUGCCCGCACGCCUGCUUCCCGAAAAUCAUGGCAAUGAGUCCCGGAGCAGCGAAGAGACCGCCAUAGUGCCCAUCCAGAUGGGCUGUCACGGCAUCGGUAUCUCGCGCAUCAUCGGCGCGGUCGCAGACCACCUCGCCGACGAGAGGGGGCUCAACUGGCCGCGCGUCGUUGCGCCGUACCACGUUGUGGUCGUGUUCAACGCCAAAGAUGAAAGCCUCGCCGGGGAUGUGGAGAAGGUCUACGACUCGCUGGUGACCGGCGGCCAGACAGAAGAAGAAGUCGAUGCCAUUAUCGAUGAUCGGCAGGACGCCAACAUGGGCUGGAAGCUCAAGGAUGCGGACCUCGUCGGGUACCCUGUCAUUGUGGUGCUCGGCAGGGAGUGGAAGGCUUCUCAACGGCUGGAAGUGCAAUGUAGGAGGCUCGGCUACAAAGAGCUGGUGCCAAUGGAGGAUCUAAGGUCUCGCGUGGAAGCCCUGCUGAACCAGCUCUAG